AAAGAAGCAACUCAAGCUCUAAUUAACAAACUCAUCAAGUUCCCUAACAAAAAACAUGUAUGCUUCCACUUCCUUUACUUCACAACUCAUCAAUGAGCUUCUUGUGGAAUCUCACACAAGAAGGUUACUCUUCCAAGACCCAAUUGAUCAUCAAUCACCAACCACCUCCCCUCCUUUAACAAACAACCAUAAUUCAACCGACUCAUAUUUCGGAGUUCAUGAACUUGAUUCAAAUGUUGUGAUGAUACUUGGGGUCCUAUUAUGUGCUCUUAUUUGCUCACUUGCAUUAAAUUCAAUCAUAAGGUGUGCCUUAAGAUUUUCAAACGUAUCCAUCAACAACAAUUCUCUUUCGAGUUCGAGCAAUAGCCCUACUGAUGAAUUGGUCCACAAAGGAAUCAAGAAGAAAGCUCUCAAGAAAUUUCCUACAAUGAACUAUUCAACCGAGUUGAAACUACCAAGUUUGGAUACAGAGUGUAUGAUAUGUAUCUCAGAGUUUACAAAUGGUGAAAAAAUGCGCAUUUUACCUAAAUGCAACCAUGGUUUUCAUGUUCGUUGCAUUGACAAAUGGCUAAAGGAACACUCGUCAUGUCCCAAAUGUAGACAAUGUCUUCUUGAAACUUGUCGAAAAAUUGGUGGAUCGCAGGUGCAACCGAUUGUCUUGCCAGUCGCAGAAACCAUUAUAAGGAUUCAACCCCUAGAGCAUGAAGCUUUAGAACGUAGCUACAGAGAAAUAUAAGUUAAUUAUAAUUACUCUUUUAAUUCCUCCAAUUAUGGUGGAGAUCAUUUUUUUUCCCAAUAAAAAAGACUAUGCUGUAAUUAUUUGAAAUUUUGCACCGAUAAUAUAUGUCUUUGUGUAUUGCAAUUAU